AGGAUGACUCACGGGAAGCUGGCAUUAAUUUCUCUCUUUCUGGUAGUGGACGGAGAACAACCAAAAAGCGACACUGGACUAGCCCAAGGGGAAGGAGGCAAGACCCAUGACAAAAAUCAGAGAGUGAAAUAGCUGGAAGUCCACCCGCUGCGAAAGGCUGGAUGGCAGAACCACUGUGCAAUGCUGCUGUAAAGAAAUGCAAAGAAACUAUGCCCCAGACGCCAAUAUUUUCCAGCAUGCUUGGUUCCAGUUGUAGUGGACAAGUGCAGCCCGACAUGGGAGAAAGAUGUAGCGACCCUGUUUAUCAGGAUGGAAACCUUAUUUCUGGAUCACUGGAGGCCUUGAUAGAGCGCCUGGUGCCCACCAUGGACUAUUAUCCAGAUAGGACUUACAUCUUUACUUUCCUGUUGAGCUCACGAGUCUUCAUUCACCCCCACGAGCUCCUGGCUAAAGUGGGGCAGAUCUGCAUUAAACGGAAGCAGCAGCUGGAAAUGGGCACUGAGACAGAAAAGGCAAAGCUAAAAUCCUUUGCUGCCAAGAUCAUUCAGCUCCUAAAGGAAUGGACUGAAACUUUCCCCUAUGAUUUCCAAGAUGAAAAAUCUAUGAAGGAGUUGAAGGAGAUUGCUCACAGGAUCACACAAUGUGAUGAGGAGAAUGGGACAGUCAAGAAGAUCAUUAGCCAGAUGACACAGAAUCUCCUGAUGGCCCUCUCUGCACGGAGCCAGUACCAAGAAAUCAGAGAGAAGUUCCGGCAACCUGUUGCCGACAAAGGAACCAUCCUCAAAAACAAGCCACAAUCGUCUCAAAAGGACAUCCUGAGCGUGUGCUGUGACCCACUGGUCCUGGCUCAGCAGCUGACCCAUAUUGAACUGGAAAGAGUGAGCAACAUUUACCCAGAGGACAUCAUGCAGAUUGUCAGCCACAUGGACUCCCUGGAUAAUCACAAGUGCCGAGGAGACGUUACCAAAACGUACACUCUGGAGGCCUAUGACAACUGGUUCAAUUGCCUCAGUAUGCUGGUGGCCACAGAAAUUUGUAGGGUGGUGAAGAAAAAGCAGCGUACAAGAAUGGUGGAGUUUUUCAUUGAUGUGGCAAGAGAAUGCUUCAACAUUGGGAACUUCAACUCCAUGAUGGCCAUUAUCUCUGGCAUGAAUUUGAGUCCUGUGGCACGGCUAAAGAAGACAUGGUCCAAGGUCAAAACAGCCAAAUUCGAUGUUUUAGAGCAUCACAUGGAUCCAUCCAGCAACUUUUGUAAUUACCGCACAGCCCUGCAAGGAGCAGCACAGCGAUCUCAGACUGCCAACAGCAACCGAGAGAAAAUUGUUAUCCCAGUUUUCAACCUGUUCAUUAAAGAUAUCUACUUUCUGCACAAAAUACACACAAACCGCUUGCCCAACGGGCAAAUCAACUUCAAGAAAUUCUGGGAAAUUUCAAGACAGAUUCAUGAUUUCAUGACAUGGAAACAGGUCGAGUGUCCUUUUGAGAAGGACAAGAAGAUCCACACUUAUCUCCUUACAGCACCCAUUUACAGUGAAGAAGCUUUGUUCAUUGCAUCCUUUGAAAGUGAAGGUCCAGAAAAUCAUAUGGAAAAAGACAGCUGGAAAACACUCAGGACAACUCUGCUUAAUAGAGCCUGAGAUUUUGAGAUAUGAUUUACAGACUUUGAAGCACACAGAAAGAACAAGAUUUUCUUGAAUGAAAGACUUGGGUUGAGCUAAGAAAGACCUCACUGGCUGAGGUCUGUUUUGUAUAUAUAGUACCUUUUAUGAAUAAAAAGUGGUAAAUAUUUCACAUAUCAACCUUAAGGCACUUAAGUGAAGGGUUUUGGGUUUUUAUUUUAAUACAAGGGCAGGGCCCUGUUCUCAGAGAUGAAGUGUAUCAUGGGAGGUGGUACCCCUGGGGAGGCUUUAUUCUGUCAGCAUCCACAUUUUUAUGUUUUAUUACUUCCAAAAAUAACGUUAAAACACGCAUCCCAGCUACAGCUAGCAUUCAGGAUAAACACUCCAUUGGACCAGUAACCUACAGGACACUCAAAACAUUUCCUUGGCUUUGAAGGGAAGAACCUCAAUUCAAGACAGAGAGGCCGUUCGUACGUGUGACUAAGUGCUUGUCAAGUCAAGGCCUUGGACAUCUGCAGUUAGCGUGUCCCUCUCCUACACCAGGAAAUAGUGCCUUACAAGGUACUGAAAUCGUUUAGUGUACCUUCUAUUACGCUGGACUGGAAGCAAGGAAAAUAAAAAUAUGGAUGUCGCAAAACCAGCUACCAUGUACUUUUUACCUAAAACGGAGGAUACGGCACACGGAGUAGAGUAUCCCUGCCUAUAACGUUGAUGGUGCAGCCAACAUAUUUUUGUUACGUGAGUUCAAGAGGGAAGAUGGGGUCAGUGCUGGGGGGUGAGCGUCUGUGUGUGUGUGUCUGUGCGGGCAUGCGGGCCUGCCUUUCAGUGCUCCUCGGGCUAGCCUUUACGUUCCCGCUGUCAGAAUACUUUGUGUUUUCCUUUUCUAAAAUCAGGGAUUUUUUUUUUCCUUUUUAAUUGAGAAGGAUGUCUAACCUAGAUUAUCUCUGCAAAACAGAUUUGCUGAGUUUUAGUCUCCAAGAAGUUGUUUGCAAAAGAUCAUGCAUGAGUUAUGGAAAGGGAACUAAACUCAGAUGUCAAAUUUGAAGCUAAGGCUAAGAUUUCCAAAGAAGCUUAAGACGAGUUGAAUACUCCAUCUCCACUGAAUUGGGCCUUGUGUUCCCUAAGAUUCCUUUGAAAAUGCUAGUCAACAAUUAAAGAACAACUUACAUGAAAAGCUUUCUCUAAAAGCCCUGAUUAAAAGUGUGAUCCAAUACACCGUAAAGUAUGGCUAAUACACAUAUAAUGUGUGUACACCAAAGGAAUUGGAUCAGGCCUUCAAACCCAAGAACAGCAUCAGAAUUGGAGGCAAUCUCUGCAACACUGGUGGCUAAUUUCUCCUUUUAAUCUUGAGGUUAAGGCUAAUUUGGCUAUCAAAACAAGCGUAGCUGAGAAUCUGAUACUAAUUUUCAUGAAAAAUUGCAUAUUUCAGAAUUUACUUUCUCCCUCAAUCUCCGAGUUAGGAAAAAAAACAGGCUCAGAUUAAAAGCUCUUUUGUUUUAUGAACUACUGCUCUAAAUGCCAACUGUCCUUUCCAACAACUGUCCCUAUGGCUCCGGGGCUGGAUAUUUAUAAAGACAGUGAGUUGAUGCAGACAUAUCUAGCAGAGACUAUGUUCUUUUCCAAAGCCCUGGCCUCAAGCAGAGCCUCACAAAGGACCUCUUUGAAAGCUGCCAGUGGUUGCAGCCCUCUAAUACAUCUCACUCUGCCUCUGCUGAAGGCAGGGGGCACAACCAGCUGGACCAAGGGGCUGCCUCCUCCGUUCCUGCCCGCCGGGCUCCUCCUGCCGAGCGCCUCCAACCCCGAGCAGCCCCGUGGGCUUCACGCAGCCCUUGCGCUCGCCGGGCAGCGAGCGUGGCUGCCUCGGCCCUGUAGCGGUAGCAAAAGAAAAGGGCCUGCCCUCUCGGCCUGCAUUUUUCCCCCCUUUAUCAAACGCUUAAAAUAAGAGCAGCAAAUUGGCACAAGGAAGAGAGGAAAUAAAGAAAUAAAUAAAAUCAACAUUUUGCUAUUCCCAUAGGAAGGAAAUCAAGGAGAAAUAAACAUACUAGAGAAAUGCAAUGACAAAGGAGAAGGAAUACUAACUGUUAGCAAGAACAGCCCAGAAAAGGAGAGGGGAUAUUUCUUGUGAUCUGCUGCUAUUUCUCCUGUGCUGAAGCACUGACCUUCAGCCCUGGAUUAGAGUAAGAAUAUUUAUACUGUAUUAUUACAGUGUUUUGCACUUUCAGAGAUGUUCUAGCUAGUAACAUUGUCAGACACUAUAAA